UGUCGGAUGUCGCAGAAGAGAUGCUGGAUCGAGGAGAAAGCCAACGGAAGAUGAACUUCUCACGUCCGCGGCCAGGAAGUCCUGGUGGCUCGGUCGCGGGAUCGGUCACUGGAUCUGUGGCAGGAGAUAGAGGAUUGACACACGGGACUGGCGCUUGGUUCUCCGAACCUGUCGGCAACAAGGCGGCAAAUGGAGACGAGCCUACCAGCCCGACUGCUCUCGAGCAGAAGAUUGCGAGGAUACAAGCUGCUCAAGGACAAGGACGACCCGCGUCGAGCAGGCAAAACAGCACUCAGUCACAACAAGGCGCGUAUCUCACAAAAGCGAAUUUGGAGGCAGCAUCGGCUGCGGCUGCAAGAGGACCUGCGCCGGUACAAUACGAGACGGUCAUGGUGUUUGAUGCGGGCACGAGGACAUUUCAACCGCAACAACGAGUGAAGACGACGC